AUGCUACAUUCUCCUUCUCACCAAAGCCCGAACCCGAAUCCAAUCUGGGACGAGCAACGCUGGAUCAUCUACAUUCGUCAAGCAUUGGACCACGAAGAUGAUCUCGACCAAGAAUCCCACAUCCCUGUCUCAAUCUUCAACGUCCCAAAAUUCCUCAUGCGCACCAGCCCGGAAUCCUACGUGCCACAGCUAGUAGCGUUAGGCCCGUACCACCACUCUCGGCCCGAACUAUACGAGAUGGAAAUGCAUAAGCUCUCCACAGCCAAAAGAUCGCAAAAAGCUUCCCCGGGCCUCAAAUUGCACAACCUCGUCGACCAAUUAUCCCGGGCCGAGCACAUGUUUCGGGCCUCUUAUCACAAGUUCCUCAAUCUCAACGGCGAAACCUUAGCUUGGAUGGUGGCCGUGGAUUCGUGCUUCUUGCUGGAUUUUCUCCAGAGAAAAACAGGAAGCGGCCGUAAGACGGGCCUUCAUGAUGCAAUCCUUAGAGAUAUUGUGAUGUUGGAGAAUCAAAUCCCACUAUUUUCGUUGAAGAAAACGCUGGCAUUCAUCUCGGGCUCAACGGACGGAGUGGAUGAUCGUCUCUACGCCAUGGCGGUCGGGCUCUGCACAGACUCCUCCCCUUUGAUGAUCCAAGAAUCGAAUGGCGUUGAUCAGAUCAACAAAUCCGCUCAUCUCCUAGAAUUCCUAUACAACAUGAUCCUCCCACACCUCCAAGAAUCAUUCGAAACAGAACUAGACAACGACGAAGAAGGCCCGAAUAAGGCUGCUCCCGCCAAAACAGGCCCGUUUAGUUUGAUCAAGAGGCUAGUGUUGUCGAAACCGGUCAACAUCAUCCUCACAUUGCCUUGGAAAAUCAUUUCCAAUCUUCCAGGCAUACUAAUGCUGAAACAGGUCGAGUACUUCUGUUUCUCUCGAAAUACAGGAGACCAGAAUAACAACAACAACAACAGUAAUCAUUUACUGAUGGAUGAAAUCACAAUCCCUUCGGUGACUGAGCUCUCCAACGCGGGAAUUGAAUUCGCAAGGACGGAUAAAGGCAUUCCAGGCAUAGAUUUCGACAAAGAAACAGCUACAUUCCAUCUCCCAUCGCUGUCGGUCGAUGUAAACACUGAGGUGGUGAUGAGGAACCUCGUCGCGUACGAGGCCUGUGGAGACGCAUCGCAGCCCUUGAUCUUCACGCGGUACACGGAAUUGAUGAACGGGAUCAUCGACAGCGAGGAUGAUGCAAGGAUUUUGAGGGAAAAGGGGAUUGUUUGGAACUACUUGAAGAGCGAUCAAGAUGUGGCUGACUUGUGGAAUGGCAUGAGCAGGUCGAUUAGAAUGACGAAAGUGCCCUUGUUGGAUAGAGUCAUUGAAGAUGUGAACAGUUAUUACGACGGUAGAUGGAAGGUUAGGAUAGCAAAGUUUGUGAGUAGAUACGUUUUUGGAUCGUGGCAGUCGAUCACGUUAAUGGCUGCUUCUAUGCUGCUGUUUUUUCAUAAAGAAAGUGAAAAGGAGAAAAAUGAGAGGAAGGAGAAAGAGUGCCAGCGCCGCAUUGCCGCCUGUGCGAUUUUCCUUCAAAAAUAA